AUAUUUAUGGUACUCAAGAAAAAAAUCUGUUAUAUGAAGCCUUAUCAUGGAUAAUCUCGCAACAAAUAAAAGAAUUAGAUAAAGAUUCAUUUAUAGUUCAACCUACCAAUAGUAAAAAGUACGAAUCAAAUAAAAUACCAGAUUUUAAUAUCUUACCUGAAAAGAAACAGCAAGUAAACAUUCAAUAUCGAGGUCGAACUAGAAAAACUAGUUUGAUAAAUGCUAUAUCAUCUUAUUUAUCUCGAGAUAUAUAUUAUAUUAAUCUCAAAGAUUUUAAAAACGAUAAUGAAAUGAGUGUAGCAUUUAGUUCUGUUCCACCAAAUCAAAUAAUUGUUCUUGAAGAUGUUGAUACACAAUCAAAUGUCCUUUAUAAAAGAGGUGGUCACCCAAAUUAUUGUAGCUUUAUUUCUGAAGAUGAAAUAAAAGAAAAAGAUGAUUUAUCAAAAUUUAAGAACUUAUUGUCAUUUAUUAGUUUAUCUAAAUUUCUUAAAUGUUUGGAUAGGCAAAUGUUAUCAGAAGGAACUAUAAUAAUUAUGACAAUGAAUCAUAUCGAACAACUUGACCCCAUAUGUAUUCGACCUGGUCGCAUAGAUGUUUAUUUGAAUCUUGAAUAUUGUACACAUCAAAUUAGAAAAAUGUUUCAGAAAGUUAUAAAAGAUCCAGACGUGGAAUUCCUAUCUGAUAUCAUAAAAAAAAUUCCAGAAUGA